AGCAGCACCUUUUCCAAAGCAAAUAAAAACCUCAGUUAAACCUUCAAUCUCUCAUGCUCCCUCCCUCUUCUUCAUAUAUCUCUCAAUCUCAAUAGGGUUUCUUCUUCUUCUUCUUCUUCUUCUUCUUCUUCUUUCUCUAACAUAACAACAAACCUUUCUAUUCGAUUCGAUUCGAUUCUAUCCGUCAUCGAUUUAACAUUCUUCGAUUAUUUUUUUAACGGAGAUGCCUCGCCCCAAAAGAAAAGCGGUCCCACCAAUCACUUCUUCUGACGUUGAUUCUUCUGUUCGUAAGGAACCGAAGAGAACAACUACAAAGCAAUUUGAACGAAUUGAUAACCUGUUUGGUUCAUACACAAAUAAAUCAUUAGGCAUGAUUGAUCCAGAUGGGAUUGAAGCACUAUGUAAAGAUGUGAAUGUGGACCAUACAGAUAUUAGAAUGCUGAUACUUGCUUGGAAAAUGAAAGCAGAAAAGCAGGGCUAUUUUACUAAGGAUGAAUGGCGAAGAGGGCUCAAAUGUUUAGGGGCCGACACGCUCCCAAAAUUAAGAAAAGCAGUAAAUGGACUGAAGAAAGAGGUGACGGUACCAGAAAGCUUUGAGGAUUUUUAUUCCUAUGCAUUUCAGUACUGCCUUACAGAGGAUAUGCAAAGGAGUGUAGAUAUUGAGACCAUUUGUGAGCUGUUGACUGUUGUUCUGGGAUCUGAAUUCCCUUCUCAAGUCAAUUUACUAAUAGAUUAUCUAAAGUCCCAGACUGAUUAUAGAGCGCUAAAUGUGGAUCACUGGAGAAAUUUUUAUCGGUUUUUUAAAGAGGUAAACUUUACUGACCUUGAAAGAUAUGAUUCCAGUCAAGCCUGGCCAGUGAUCCUCGACAGUUUUGUUGAUUGGUUGAAAGAAAAAGAAAAGACAAUAUAGCUAUCACCUGAGGUCGUUGACCUCCCUGAAAUUUCAGUUCAACUUCACUCAAACUCCGAACCAGAAUACAGUUUGAUGCCGGAUUUAAAAUUGUAUAUGGCUGUUCUGAGUAAUCUAUUUGCAGUUUUCUGCAAAUAUUGUUACGAUCAAUCAUAUGUAACAAUCUUGUCAACUGUCAAAGCCAUCAAGAGUUUUACAGAUUGGAAAUAUUAUUGUUAUAAAACAAUUUUGUUUCCUAGUGUCAUUUUUUACAUAUUUUAUGAAUGUCAGCCAUUUCUGUAAUCAAACUUUCCAAUCUGCAUCUUUAGUCUGUCUAACGAUAGUCUUAACUAAAAAUGAAGUUAGAAUAUAAAUUUGUGA